UUUUGUUGUUAAAAUGAAUGGUUAUCUUCUCCAGCUUUGACUGUUUGAUUGCACAGCGACUGGAAGGUAUCAAGUGUGAGAGCAGACCAAAUCAACGACUUCACAUCUGCCAAGUCCCCCAAUUCCGCUAUUGCAUUAUUUCAACACUGCAUUCUAAGAAUUCUCCUGUUUGUUUUUUCAAGUCUGAGAUUCCACUCUUCGUUUUCAUCCACAAAUGGCUUCGUUGAUCGCUCGUCGCCUUCCUCUGCUUGCGGCUUCCUCUGCCCGAGCAUUCUCGUCAAAGGCCGCUGGUGCCCGCGCGCUCGGUGCCUCGGAGGCCCCCAAGAAGCCCGAGGAGCCCAGCAAGGGCGGCCUUGCCAAGCUGAUCAGCGAGAAGACCGGCAACACUGGCGCUCUGCUGCUCGCCUCGGGUCUGGCUGCUGUCGGCAUCUCGAAGGAGAUUAUCAUCCUGCACCACGAGACCAUCAUGGUCGGCUCGUUCGGUCUUGCCGCCUACUUCAUCUACAAGAACAUCAAGCAGCCCGUUGCCGAGAUGCUCGACCAGGACUACCAGGCCUCCGUCAACUCGCUCCAACAGUUCCGCGACGUCCAACGCGAGAAGCUCGCCAAGGACCGCAAGGCUGCCGAGCAAUACCUCAACACCACCGAUCUUGUCCAGGAUCUCCGUGGCUUCUUGAACAACCUUAACGAGGUUGACGCUGAGGUCCGCGCUCGUGAGCAGUACGCUAACGUUGCCGCCGAGCUCAAGAAGUCCCUUGACUUGGCUGUUUCCGUCGUCCAGGCUGCCCGCCGCCAGGAGCAGCUCGAUUUGGCUGACGCCCUUGAGCAAAGCCUGCUCAACCAGGGCUUGUCGAAGGAAGACGACGCGGCCUACCUUAAGAAGUGCCUGAGCGACCUUGCUGCCCUUGCCCCCAAGUAAACGUUGUGUGUCUUGUGUUGUUUGUUUUUUCUUCCUUUUUUUUUUUCUUUCCCCAUGAUUGUGAAUCCCCCCCCCCUUUUUAUCAUUCUCCAUCCAACUUGACGGACUGAUGGGUAUUGCGUUUCCCCGUGUCUGCUAAUUUGAUGCAACAAACUAAACUGCAAUACAUGAAGGUUCGUUUCGACCUUUGCAUUCUCG